AUGUCGAAGGCGGACCAUGUAAUUUUUCAGCAGGUUUUCGAUGUUUAUAAGGUGCAUCAGGAGAUUAACGGAGUUACUCUCAUCGAAGCACAGAGCCAGCUUCAUGAAAUUAUCAUGCUGCUAGAAGUGGACACAGAGAGAUAUCCUAUGAAAGUUGGUGAUAUAUUCCUAUUGUCAUUAGCUUAUACAUUGUCUUUGGAUGGAGAAACUCAGACUGACUAUAAUUCCCUGGAGAAGAAAGAGACUCUUGCAGACAGCUAUGAGUAUGUCAGGCAUGGGAAGCUAAACAAUGUCACAACGGAAAACGAGACGGGCACAAUGGAGAUUAAUUUUUCAUUUGGUGACCUCUCCAUGCUGCUUAAAGGGAAUCCCUCUCGUCUCUCUCAUAUUGAGCAUGAAAAUAAGCUCUUCCUCCUUAUAAGCAAGCUACCUUAUAAGAAGCCCAUUUAG